UCACUUUGGGGGCGGGGGGCAGAGUAAUUAGAAAAUCUCCAGGAUCAGACAUGUAAUAAAAGUGCUUUUUGUAGCGCUGUGGGCCUUGACCAGAACUUGAAAUAUUACUAGUAGGGAGUGACAAACUGAGCCACGUCACAGAUUGGUGACAGGCAGAAAUGGCCCAUUCUGAUACAGACAGGGAUACAAUCAGAGAAUGUGAAGGUCAGUCAGGAUGACUGAUUUGUGAGUUGAGGAUUUCCACCAUCUUGACUUGAAUUUCAUAACAAUGUGAUGUCAGAGCACAUCAUAGACUUAAAUUUCACCUGAAAUAUCAUCCCUCACCUACUGAUGUCUUUUGUAAAUAUUUUUACAGGUUAGGAAUGGCAGAAUAUUGGUGUAUGGGAAUCUCCUUUGCAACAUCAAUAUUUAUCUAUUGUCGAUCCUUGGAGAUAAAGAAUUUUCUCAUCCCAGCUGGAAACAUGCUUUGUGUCUGAAAUGAAGUUUUCUAUUGUAACUCAGUAUAAUCCACUGGAAUCAGGUUGCUGAGAUCAUACCAGCAUUUAAUCACUAGAGAUCAGUUCUUCAACUGCAUGAUUGUGCAAGGGAGAUUCAAAAUGUCUAACAUUUGACUUUCUGAAUUGCCAGAGAAUUGAUUGCAGUGAGAUAUCAUUCCCCUUCUCUCAGUAUGUGAAUGGAUUUACUUACAUCCUACCCACAGACACACCAGUCAGUUCACAGUGGGGAGAGGCCAUUUACCUGUUGUGUGUGUGGGAGAGGAUCUACUCAAUUGUCCAGCCUGAAGAUACAUUGGCAGGGUCAAAGCACAGUGAGAUUCUCCACUUGCUCUGAUUGUUGGAAACAAUUCAUUCUGUCAUUGAUGCUAAAGGUAUAUCAGAAAAUUCGUAAGUGAGAGGACAAGGACAUGCUCAGACUGUGAGAAGUCAUUCACACAGUUCUCCUCACUUUCGAGACACCAGCCAAUGCACACUGGGGAGAGGCCAUUACCUGCUGUGAAUGACGGUAGGGAUUUACUCAGUCAUUUCAACUGGAUGAACAUAAGUCAGUACACACUGGAGAGAGAUCAUUCACCCUGAGAUCCCAACUGAAGGAACAUCAGCAAGUUCACACCGAGAAGAUGCCGUUCACCUGCUCAGACUGUGGGAAGCGAUUCACUCGGUCAUCUCAACUGAACGAACAUCAGCGAGUUCACACUGGGGAGAGGCCUUUCACCUGCUCAGAUUGUGGGAAGGGAUUCACACACUCUUCCACGCUGCAGAGACAUAAGCGAGUUCACACUGGAGAGAAACCGUUCACCUGCUCAGAUUGUAGGAAGAAAUUUGCUCGGUCAUCUGACUUGAAAGUACAUCAGCGAGUUCACACUGGGGAGAAACCAUUCACCUGCUCGUACUGUGGGAAGGAAUGCACUCGGUCAUCUGACUUAAAAAUACAUCAGCGAGUUCACACUGGGGAGAAACCGUUCACCUGCUCUGAAUGUGGGAAAGGAUUCACUCAGUCAUCCACGCUUGUGAAGCACUACCGAGUUCACUCUGGGGAGAAACCAUUCACCUGCUCUAAAUGUGGGAAGGAAUUUACUCAGUCAUCUACACUUGUGAUGCACUACCGAGUUCACACUGGGGAGAGGCCGUUCACCUGCUCUGAAUGUGGGAAGGGAUUCACUCAGUCUUUUCAACUGAACGAACAUCAGCGAGUUCACACAGGGGAGAAACCAUUCACGUGCUCAGACUGUGGGAAGGAAUUCACUCGGUCAUAUGAUUUGAAAGUACAUCAGCGAGUUCACACCGGGGAGAGGCCAUUCACCUGCUCUGACUGUGGGAAGGGGUUCACUCGAUCAUCUCAAUUACAGGUACACCAGGUAGUUCACACUGGGAAGAGGCCGUUCACUUGCUCAGACUGUGGGAAGAGAUUUACUCAUUCAUCCACACUACAGGGACACCAGCGAGUUCACACUGGGGAGAGGCCAUUCACCUGCUCGGAAUGUGGGAAGGGAUUCAAUCGGUCCUCUCAACUGAACGAACAUCAGCGAGUUCACACUGGGGAGAAACCGUUCAUCUGCUCAGACUGUGGGAAGGGAUUCACUUGGUUAUCUGACUUGAAAGUACAUCAGCGAGUUCACACCGGGGAGAGGCCGUUCACCUGCUCAGACUGUGGGAAGGGAUUCACAAACUCAUCCACAUUACAGAGACACCAGCGAAUUCACACUGGAGAGAAGCCGUUCACCUGCUCUGAAUGUGGAAAGGGAUUCACUCAGUCAUCUACCCUUGAACAUCAGGCUGUUCGCACUGAGAAGAUGCCAUACACCUGUUCAGACUGUGGGAAGGGAUACACUUGGUCAUCUCAAUUAUUGGUACACCAGUUAGUUCACACUGGGGAGAGGCCGUACAUCUGUUCAGACUGUGGGAAGGCAUUCACUCGGUCAUCCACACUACAGAGACACCAACGAGUUCACACUGGGGAGAAACCGUUCACCUGCUCAGAAUGUGGAAAGGAAUUCACUCAGUCAUCUAACUUGAAAGUACAUCAGCGAGUUCACACUGGGGAGAAACCAUUCACCUGCUCAGAGUGUGGAAAGGAAUUCACUCGGUCAUCUGAAUUGAAAGUACAUCAGCGAGUUCACACUGGAGAGAAACCAUUCACCUGUUCAGACUGUGGAAAGGGAUUCACUCAGUCAUCUCAACUGAAUGCACAUCAACGAGUUCACACUGGGGAGAGGCCAUUCACCUGCUGUGAAUGUGGGAAGGGAUUCACACACUCUUCCACACUGCAGAGACACCAGCGAGUUCACACUGGAGAAAGGCCAUUCACCUGCUCUGAAUGUGGGAAGGAAUUCACUCAGUCAUCCACCCUUGUGAAGCACUACCGAAUUCACACUGGGGAGAGGCCGUUCACCUGCUUUGAAUGUGGGAAGGGAUUCACUCAGUCUUUUCAACUGAAGGAACAUCAGCGAGUUCACACUGGGGAGAAACCGUUCACCUGUACAGACUGUGGGAAAGAAUUCAAUCGGUCAUCUCAACUGAAUGAACAUCAGCGAGUUCACACUGGAGAGAGGCCAUUCACCUGCUCUGAAUGUGGGAAGGGAUUCACUCAAUCAUCUCAAUUACUGAAACAUCAGCGAGUUCACACUGGGGAGAGGCCAUUCACCUGUUCAGACUGUGGGAAAGCAUUUACCCACUCAUCCACACGACAGAGACACCAGCGAGUUCACACUGGAGAGAGGCCGUUCAUCUGCUCAGACUGUGGGAAGGGUUUCACUCGGUCAUCUCAACUGAAAGAACAUCAGCAAGUUCACACUGGGAAGAAACCGUUCACCUGCUCAGACUGUGGGAAGGAAUUCACUCGGUCAGCUCAACUGAAUGAACAUCAGCGAGUUCACACUGGGGAGAGGCCGUUCAUCUGCUCAGACUGUGGGAAGGGUUUCACUUGGUCAUCUCAACUGAAGGAACAUCAGCGAAUUCACACUGGGGAGAAACCGUUCACCUGCACAGACUGUGGGAAAGAGUUCACUCGGUCAUCUCAACUAAAUGAACAUCAGCGAGUUCACACUGGAGAGAGGCCAUUCACCUGCUCAGACUGUGAGAAGGGAUUCACUCGGUCAUCUGACUUGAAAGUACACCAGCGAGUCCACACUGGGGAGAGACCGUUCACGUGCUCCGACUGUGGGAAGGCAUUCACACACUCAUCCACGUUACAGAGACAUCGGAGGAUUCACACAGGGGAGAGGCCAUUCACCUGCUCUGAAUGUGGGAAGGGAUUUGCUCAGUCAUCCACACUUGUGUCACACUACCGAGUUCACACUGGGGAGAGGCUAUUCACCUGCUCUGAAUGUGGGAACAGAUUCACUCAGUCAUCCACCCUCCUAUCACUCUACCAAGUUCACACUGGGAUGAGAUCAUUUACCUGCUAUGAAUGUGAGAAGGGAUUCAUUCAAUCAUCCAACCUUGUGUCGCAUUACCAGGCUUUGACCAGAGGUGAUCAGAGCGAUCAGAAGCUUGAGAGGACAUAAUUCACUCAGGUUCACUGAUCCAGUAUUAAAAGCAGUGGCUCACGACAUUUUUUUUUUGAAGCUUUGAGCAGCGGCCAAUCAGCAUUCUGGAUUGAUUAGCAAGAGCAAGGCAGGGGCAGUGGGGCGGCCAGAGUCAUCGUGAACUGAGUUGGUGGGGAUUUUGAGGUUUUAGCUCUUAGAGAAGGCAAAGAAAGUUGUAGAAUUUUUUUGCCCCCUUCUAUUGCUUGUUUACAGCAGUAGAGAUGUCAGGCAGGGUAGUGGAAUGCUCCUCUUGCGGGAUUUGGGAAGACAGGGAGUUCUCCAGUGUCCCUGAUGACUACAGUUGCGAAGAGUGCAUCCUGCUGCAGCUUCCAACAAUUUGCAUUAUGGGGUUGGAGCUGGAACUGGGUGAACUCUGGAUCAUUCGGGAGGCCGAGGGCAUGAUAGAUAGGACAUAUAGAGAGGUAGUUACACCCAAAAUACAGGACACAGAAAACUGGGGACAGACGGAAGUGGGAAGGAGAUUAAAAUACUCGUGCAGAGUACCCCUGUCGCCACCCGCUCAACAAGAUGAUAUUGUUGGGAAUGAGGGAUGAUCUAGCAGAGGAAAGUCACAGCAGUCAGGUCUCUGGCUCUGUGACUCAUAAAGGGGCGAGUAGAUGCCAGGGUCAGGGACCUCUCAGAUCGCAUCCACAGUAUUUUGGAGGGGGAGGGAAAGAAACUAAAUUUUUGGAUUGCUACUUGUGCCACACGCCAGUGAGGGUAGAAACAGUAUGAUUUGGCAGGUAAAUGUGUGGCUGAGAAGAUGAUACAGGUUCUUGGAUCAUUGGGUUCUCUUCUGGGGGAAGUAUGACUUGUACAAAACUGAUGGGUUGCACCUGAACUCAAGGGGGACCAAUAUUCUCGUGGGCAGGUUUGUUAGUGCUGCUGGAGAGGGUUCAAACUAAUUUGGCAGGGGGGUGGGGACCGGAGUGCAGAGACUCAGGAUACGAUGGAGGGUGAAAAAAACAAAGAUAGCACGCAGUCAAAAAGUCAGGAAGGGUAUGCAGAUGAUAGAAUAAAACUGCAGCCAGCAGGGUGAGUAUCAGUGCAUUAGGGAUGCAGAAUCAAAAAGGGUAGCAAAUACAGUACUCAAUGUUAUAUCUCAAUGCAGGGAGUAUAAGAAAUAGGAUGGAUGAUCUUGUUGCACUAUUACUGAUUGUCAGGUGUGAUGUUGUGGCUAUCAUUGAAUCGUGGCUGAAGAAUGGUUGUAGUUAGGAGCUGAAUGUCUAAGGUUACACGUUGUAUCGGAGGGGUAGGAAGGUAGGCAGGGGGGUGGCAUGGCUCUGCUGGCAAAGAAUGGCAACAAAUUAGUAGAAGGAUGUGACAUUAAAUCCUGGUGGAUGAGUUAAGAAACUGCAAGGGUAAAAGGACCUGGAUGGCAGUUAUAUGCAGGUCUCCCAACAGUAGCUGGGAUGUGGAUCCCAAGAGAGUGAAUUUGUUGAAUGUCAGCGAAAUGGCUUUUUCGAGCAGUUUAUCAUUGAGCCCACUUGGAGAUCAGCUAUACUGGAUUGGGUGCUGUGUAAUAAACUGGAGGUUAUCAGGGAGCUUAAAGUAAAAGGACCCUUAGGAGACAUUGAUCACAAUAUAAUUGAGUUCAAUUUGAAAUUUGAUGGGGAGAAAGUAAAGUCUGAUGUAGCAGUAUUUCUGUGGACUGAAGGAAAUUAUAGUGGUGUGAGAGAGGAGUUGGCCAAAGUAGAUUGGAAGGAGAUACUGGCAGGGAUGACAGCAGAGCAGCAAUGGCGUGAGUUUCUGGGAAAAAUGAGGAAGGUGCAAAAAACAAAGAAAUACUCAUAUGGCAAAAUAGUACAACCAUGGCUGACAAGGGAAGUCAAAGCUAAUGUAAAAGCAAAAAUGAGGGCAUACAACAAAGCAAAAAUCGUGGGAAGACAGAGGAUUGGGAAGCUUUUGAAGACUUACAGAAAGGGAAAAGAUGAAAUAUGAAAGCAAGCUUGCAAACAAUAUCAAAGAGGAUAGUUAAAGCUUUUUCAAAUAUGUAAAAAAUAAAAAAGAGAUGCGAGUGGAUAUAGAAAAUGAUGCCAGAGAAAUAAUAAUGGGACAAGGAGAUGGCAGAUGAACUAAAUGAGUAUUUUGCAUCAGUCUUCACUGUGGAAGACACCAGCAGAGUGCCAGAUGUUAAAGGGUGUGAGGAAAGAGAAGUAUUACUAUUAAAUUACUAAUACAAUUACUAUUAAAUGGGAGAAGGUGCUCAAAAAGCUGAAAGCUAAAAGGGUACAUAAUUCACCUGGACCAGAUGAACUGCACCCUAAGGUUCUGAAAGAGGUAGCAGUAGAGAUUGUGGAAGCAUUAUUAAUGAUCUUUCAAAAACUAUUGGACUCUUGCAUGGUGCCAAAGGACAGGAAAAUUGCAAAUGUCACUCCAGUUUUUUUAAGAAAGGAGGAAGGCAGCAGAAAGGAAAUAAUAGACCAGUUAGCCUGACCUCAGGAGUUGGGAAGAUGUUGGAGUCAUUUGUUAAAGGUGAGGGUAUGGAGUAUGUGGUCAGUAUGGCUUCCUUCAGGGAAAAUCUUGCCUGAAGAGCCUGUUGGAAUUCUUUGAGGAGAUUACAAGUAGGAUAGAUAAAGCGGUCCUUUUCUUGUUCGCUGCCAGUGACUAGUGGUGGUUCACAGGGGUCGAUGUUGAGACUGCUGCGUUUUCUGCUGUAUGUCGGUGAGUGAGAUGAUGAAAUAGAUGGCUUUGUUGCCAAGUUUGCGGAUGAUACGAAGAUUGGUGGAGAGGCAGCUACUGUUGAGGAAACAGGUGGGCUGCAGAAGGUAUUAGACAAAUUUGGAGAAUUGGCAAGGAAGUGGCAAAUGAAAUACAAUGUUGGAAAGUGCAUGGUCAUGCUAUUUGGUAGUAGAAAUAAAAGUACAGACUAUCUUCUAAAGGGGGGAGAAAAUCUAAAAUUCUGAGAUGCAAAGGGCCUUAGACUAACCCUAACCCUCAUGUGUCCUUGUGCAGAACACCCUAAAGGUUAACUUGCAGGUGGAGUUGGUGGUGAAGAAGGCAAAUGCAAUCUUAUCAUUCAUUUCCAGAAUACAAGAGCAGUGAUGUGAUGCUGAGGCUUUAUAAGGCACUGGUGAGGCCUCACCUUGAGUAUUGUGAACAGUUUUGGGCUCCUCAUUUCAGAAAAGAUGCACUGGCAGUGGAGGGGGUUAAGAGGAGGUUCACAAGGAUGAUUCCAGGAAUGAAAGGGUUAUCAUACAAGGAAUGUUUGAUGGCUCUGUGUUUGUACUCACUGGAAUUUAGAAGGAUGAGGGGUGGAUCUCAUUGUAACCUUUUGAAUGAAAAGCCUAGACAGAGUAGAUGUGGAAAGGAUGUUUCCCUUGGUGGAUGAAUCUAGGUCAAGAUGGCACAGCCUCAGGAUAGAGGGGCGUCCAUUCAAAACAGAGAUACGGAGAAAUUUCUUUAGCCAGAGAGUUAUGAAUUUGUAGAUUUUGUUACCACAGACAGCUGUGAAGGCCAGGUUGUUGGGUGUAUUUAAGAAGAGUUUGAUAGGUUCAUUUUUGGACACGGCAACAAAGGGAGAAGGCUGGGGGGUGGGGCUGAGAAGGGGAAUAAGCGGUCAGCACAGCAGUCUCGACGGGCCAGCUGUCCUAAUUUUGCUCUAAUAUCUUAUGGUCUUGUGGUCUUACGCGAGCUGAGGUGACAGGGGAACAGAAAGGAUGUUCUGUGAGCGAGAACAAGAUUCCUGAAUGAUAUGUUGCCUUCUAGAUGCCAGGACCUGGGACACCUCAGAUUGCGUCCUCAGCAUUCUUAACAGGGAGGCUGAACGUCCAGGGGUUAUGGUCCAUGCAGGUACCAAUGACGUAGGUAGGAAGAGUGCUGAGGUUCUACAAAGGGAGUUCAGGGAGUUAGAUGUUAAGUUGAAGGGCAGGACCUCUAGGGUUGUGAUCUCAGGAUUGCUACCUGUGUCGCGUGCUAGUGAGGUUAGGACUAGGAAAAUUAUCCAGUUUUAAUACGUGGCUAAGGAUUUGGUGUUGGAGCAAGGGCAGAAGAUUUUUGGAUCAACUGAGCCUGCGAAGAUUGCUGUGUGCGCAGGAGUGUGAGUGCUUUGGGGAGGGGGCAUUGGUGAUGGAGGGUGGAGGGGACAUGCAUGUAUCUCUCACUCACUCUCACACACGCACACAAAAACACAUGCAGCUGUGGGGAUGGAGGGUGGAAGUGGGAGAGGGAGAGGGAGAUUGAGUUGGG